UCCGGUCGUACGCAACCAAAAAGCUCACUGUCAAACGUAAUAACUGUACACUGCCCCCCCGAAUUAUCUGUUUGUUCUUUACAGAAAGGAAAAAGCACUUUAUUCUUUCGGACUCGAAGUUCUCCUUGUCGAGUUCUCCUUGUUGGCGAAUUCUCCAUUGGUUCGUACCGUUCGAUCCCGUUACGGCAUUUCAACAGUUCAUCGCGACGACAACCCCGACCAUGCCGGCCAAACGCACCCGCAGCGUCCUCGGUCUUUCCGUAGUUCUGUUGGCUUUGCCCAUCAUGACGGCCUCCUUCUCAACAAUGCCGUCAAAAUACAGUCCGGGACGUGGACACGUUGGAGACCUACGUUCGUCACCGAUUCGCGUCACCGGUCGACCCUCUUCCAUCCGUACCGAUCGUCGCCUCCGGCACGCCCCGUCGCAGGCACCCGCCAGCGGUAGUACGUGGCGUCUCGGCAUGUCGAGUCCGGUCCACGACGACAGUCCGGCGCCGUCACACCGCCGCGACGAGUCACGUGACGACCACGACCCCACACCGGCGGCGGGUUGGAUCCGUUGGCUCGACGCCGUCCGCCGCGAAACCUCCCGGGCACGCAAACUGCCGCCUCUGCAAGUCGAAGACUUGAAUCUACUCUUUUACGACGUUUUCCUCAUUCUUAAUCUAGUCGUGUCCAUUUCCUUCUGGGUCGUGCACCGGAUGCAACUCGAAUUUAUCGGACUCGCCUUUAACGAAGGCUGUCUCGUGUGUUUGCUGUGGAUCGCGGCGGGGCUCUAUUCCGGAGCCUUUUUGGAUUCGGCCGUGGACGGACACUACGGCAGUGCCGACGAACGGGGCGGCCCCAAAGCCGCCGGACUUCUCGGAUUUCAAACCUUUGUCAAUACCAUCAAUCUGCGAUUGCUCUUUGCCCUCGUCGUGGCCUUGGCGGAACACCGGCCCGUCGGUGCCGUCGGUGGCGAACAACUCAUGCCUUUGGAAAUUGGCUUUGGUCUGAUACUCAUGAGUGGCUGGCGGGCACUCCAUUCCAGCUUUGUGCCGCGUUUCAAAUGAACAAAUGAAUGCCGCGACCGGAUUGCGGGUCAAUGCCUCUUUUGGUACGGCCCGUCGCAACGUGCAACGACACGUAAUACGCUACCAAGCCAACAACAACACGCCACACCGUUACGCACAGACUAUGUAUUGCCUACCUGCCCUGCUCAUCGACCUCUAUAUAUACCGACAUACCCUACUCGUUGCCCUACCAAUCGAUCGACCGACAUGUAUACAUACUUUACACACACACACAGUUAUCACUAGCAAUGGCCCCGAUUUUAUUC